CUUCGCAGCCAUCUUCGCGCGGGCGCUGUCAUGGGAGGUGCGGCUAAGAAGUGGAGACCCGGCCGGGGGCGGCGUCCCGGCUGGGGCGCACAAGCAGGCGGGGUCGACGAGGGCGCGGACGGCGUCCGGGGGCCCGGGGGCAGCGGGGGCCCAGGCGGCGGCGGGAGAGCAGCAGCAGCAGCACUGAUUGCAGCGCCCGGCGCCUCCGGGCUGGGGCUCCGGCCGCGCGGCCCGGACGCGUCCAGAAGCAGCCUCCGCCUCUGCUGCAACUGCCUCUGUCGCUGCUGCCUCCGCCGCUGCUGCAGCUGCUGCCACAGCCCCCGCCCCGAGCCCGGGCGCCGCCAGCUGCGGACCCGCCCCUGGCCUCCGCUCCACCUCCGCGAGGGCGUGGCGCGGCUCCGGGGAGGCGGGCGCGCCGGCGGCCAGCGGGGCCACAGCCGCCAGGCCCCCGAGAAGCGCUCGCGGCCGCCCCGGCGCCAACCGCCCGCCACCCGCGCGGCGGACUCGGCCUUCACUUUAAUGCUGGGCGGAGUCCCGGAGCCCGGGGGCGCCCGGCUGCCCGCCCCCUCCCCACCCACUGGGGCUCUUGGCCUGGGAGACCCCCGCCCCGACGUUCCGGCUUUGUGUGAUGGCUCCGUCACCACUGCUGCCCUCGACACGUCACAAAUCCGAGGAGAGGCCGGCCGGCCGGGAGUCCCCAACCCCGAACGCGAGCCUCCCCGGAAACCCGCCUCCGCCGCGUGGGUCCUGCCCGGCUCCCUCCGGGGAACGCGCGGGCCUGGCGCGCCACCCCCGGGCGGAGUUCCUCUUUCCAACUUGACUCCCUUACCUAACCGACUGUCCUCAGCAGAAUCCAGUUGCCCUGGAUUUCUUAAAGGUUUUAAGCUGUUUCUCUAACUUGGUAUUUAUUUAUUUCUUCCUUCUGGUGUCUAAAGACUGUGAUCAAGGCUGUCCUGCGCUCUUGGCAAGGCUUAGCCUGGCUCUGUGGGGUACUAAGAAGUUCAGAGGAUUACUUGGUGGCCUGUGGGGAGGGGCAGACCAACAACGCCCUGUGCCUGGUACAGGUUCUGGUGGCCCCACCUCCGGGGUGCCCUCGGUUUAGUCUUGUGUAGGGAUGGAGGCCAUCACGCAUAAAAUCACAGUAAGACCAAAACAAAGAGCAAGGAAACAAAAAAACCACCUCCCUGUGUGUAAGCGAAGACUCCAGAGAACGGGGGUGUCAGGGCAAGCUUUUAAGUAUAGAUUCCUAAGACCCCUCAAGUAGGUCUUUCCCACUGCCGGCACGUGACCUUGAGAGUGAGCAUGGCCACUCAGUGUUGGGAGCCUCUGGACAGCUGUAAACGUGGGAAGGCUUUUGUCAAGAGGAACCCAGGCUCCUGGUGCUUAUCCCACUGGGCCCUUGGCGCUGCAGCCACGGGAGGGGGGUGGGGGUGGGGGGUAGUGUUAUCAGUGGAAGGCAGUCUUCCUGCCCCCCACCCCAUCCUCCUAGAUACCUCCUCUCCAGAUUCCAAAUGUAGCUCCAUUCCUUGCUUAGCAGGCAGGGUUUCCUGAACUUGGAGGCUGUGCUGAGUACCUGGGGUCUGUCCUGAUCUCCCAGAAUCCAGGAGAUAAGCGAAGAAAAAUUGGGACAGCUCUGGCAGUUAGAAUUUGCUCAGUUUACACACAUUCCUCCUUGCCUACUACUGUCAGCUCCUCUAGCUGGCUUUUGGUUAGUUGCCCUUGGCUGCCCUUGCUAGUUACCAGAACCGGAUUUUGCUAGGAGAAUGAUUUGAGCAUGUCCUUCCGGGGAGGGUGGCCUGAGAACACCCUGUGAUUUACCCCAGAUCUGGCAGUCCCCAGAGUCAGCCCUGGGGCAGACAAAGAAAAGCAGAGUUGAUAAGCAGGAGGCAAUCUUUAUGGAAAAGAAAAACUCCCUCAUUUCUGCGGUCCUUUGCCAAUCCUGCCCCCAGGUUGCAGCACUCCAGGGAACUAGCUGAAGGGGAAUGGCUCCUUGUUUCUUUGACAGGUGUUCCAAUAUGUGUGUAGGCAUGGGCCCAGGUGGGGAGGAACAUCCCUUGCACUAGGCGGGGAAAGCCCUGCCAAGUAUCAUGGUUUAAACUUAUGAUGAGAAGAAUUUAUCUCAGUCUAUUGAGAUCUUGCUUCUAGGCGCAUCCUUUGUUUGGCUCAAAUAUAUUUUUAUAAUACAGAAACAAAAAACUUAUCAUGAGCUGCUCCUCAAUACUGUGGAACACCUGCCUUCAUGGCUCUUCUCCAGCAGAGAUAAGACCCCAGCCUGCUAGUGACCAGCUUUUUGGGGGGACAGUAAGAGACUACAGUGGGGCCUUGACUUAUGAGUUUAAUUCAUUCUGAGACCGAGCUCGUUAAGGAGCUCGUUAACUCAAAUUACUCUAUCAACUCAAUGCAAAAAAUCAGCCAAGAGACAGCUGGUAUCUCAAAAAACUCGUAAGUCAAGGCCCCACUGUAUAGGCACAACAACCAUGACUAAUUAGUAACAUUUGCCAAAAUCAAAGGCAUAUAAAAAGGGUGGUGGUGGUUUUUAUUUUUUAAUCUGAAAUCUCUUAGGUGAAAGUUUAGGACAAAUUCUGAUUGCUACCAAGAUAACUUGCUGAUCAGGUAAAGCUGAGCUCAGAGGAAGUAAUGAAGUUCAUAGGAGGUAUUGAUUUACUUCUUACCAGUGUCUAUGUGGCCUCCACUUUCAGUUCUUGGUUAUCAGGGUUCUCUCCAGCUACUCUUCAGUUUAUUAUUCAAGAUGAUUUUUUCUGUAUUUAAGUUGUAAUUUAAGUUUGGUCCUGGGAGGGUGUCAGCGUAGCUUCCAUUUAAUCUGCCGCCAUUUCCCUGCUCUGAAUCUAUAUCUUGCCUACUGGGUUUCUCAGUGGGACAAUAGGAGGCGAUAUGAAGACUCCUUUCUCCUUCAGGCUUUUGAUUAUUAGUUUUAUUCCUUCUGUAGCACCUUGUUUUAGAGCAGUGGUUCUCAAAUGCUGCUACCCUUUAAUACAGUUCCUCAUGUUGUGGUGACCCCCAAUUUCAUUGUUACAAAUUGAA